AUGAGGAAGCAACUGGGUGGGUGCUGCCUGGCCAUUGUCUGCGUCCUGCUCUUCAGCCAGCUCGCCGCAGUGCAGGCGAGAGGCAUAAAGCACCGAAUCAAGUGGAACCGCAAGGCGGCCGCCCCGCCCAGUAGCUCCCAGGUCACGGAGGCCCAGAGGGUGGAGAUGCAGCUGCGCCCGGGGGCCUUCAUCAAGCACGGCCGCAAGCUGGAUAUCGACUUCGGAGCCGAGGCCAACAGGUACUACGAGGCCAACUAUUGGCAGUUCCCCGACGAGAUCCACUACAACGGCUGCUCCGAGGCCAACGUGACCCGGGAGAAGUUCGUCAGCGGCUGCAUCAACGCCACCCAGGCUGCGAACCAGGAGGAGCUGUCCCAGGAGAGACCCGACAACAGGCUUCACCGGCGCAUCCUGUGGAGGCUGGUCCGGGAGCUCUGCUCCGUCAAGCACUGCGAUUUCUGGUUGGAAAACGGAGCGGGUCUCUGGGUCACCGUGGACCGGCCCGUGAUGCCCUGCCUGCUGGUUUCCAUUUGGUUCAUUGUGAAAUAAGCCUGCGGGCAGGCGGGCAGCCGCAGCGAUGAGCUAAGCGGGCGAGCCAACCACAGAGUCGUCCCAAUUCUCUGCCCCGUCUCCACCCCCUGUUCUGAAGGUACCAGAGAGCAGUGAUUCCUCCGCGCUUCCAUAGCCUCCCCCGUGUCCACCCGGGUAUCUGCUUGAAUGUGAUGGUUCGGGUCUCCAUCCCCUGCAGGCCGUCCCGAGGGCGCGCGUUCGGCGCUGCAUCAUCAGCUCCCGGCGGAGUGCCUGGCACACCGUAUUACACCAUAGAUGUUUGGUGAGCUGGUGAAAGAACGCACCAGGGACUGUGCCAAGCACUUCGCAACACUUCCCAGCAAUUCUCAGAGGUAGGCGUUAUUCCCAGAGCAUAGAGGAAACUGAAGC